GUUAAUCAUUGUAAUCAUAGUUUUCAUAGUGCUUUGUAAAUGUGGCACUACUAGCCAAUUGUGUCAAAAUAUCGAUUCAUGUUGUGAACAUUUCUUCAAGUAUCAUGAUAAACAGUUUUUCCCAUUUGGCUUCCUCUAAUUUAAAGGCUGGAGGUGUUACAGAAUCUUGGUGCUCUGGUUAGCAUGGAUAUGUGAACAGUACAUGGCCCAGUACAUUUCUCUGUAAGUGCUGUAUAUGCUGCAUAUGUUAGUGUGUAGGUUUGGACCCCUGUGAAAGUUGAGAGCUUUGUCAGGGUAACCUUGCCCCUUGGCAGAACUGAGCUGUCAGCAGUAUUCGGCCUAUGUGCCUCAGCGGCUGGCACUUUUGGCAGCUCGCGCUGCUAUAGCCAUAAAUACAUUCACAUUGCUGACCAGGCUAAAUGAAUAGGAUUCCUGUCUUUUCUGGUUAUCUGCUUCUGGAUCUAGAUAAGCUUCAUGAGCCUGGACUUUGAGAUUGGUUUUCCAGUGUCUUGCUGGUCAGUAAGGAAGAGAUGACACUGGAAGAUAACAUUUCAGUAAAGCAUAAUGUUUUGUGUUGAAGUGACUUUUCUCAUUGAGUUCAUUCGUAAUAAGCAUCAAAACUAGAGAUGUAGAUCUGAAUUGGAAAAGAUCAGAAUCAAUCGAAUCGAAAGAACACAGACAGUUUAUUACUUUUAUUCUGGCUGGUCUGUGUCGCAAUUUUGUGAAACAAACAAUGUGAGACAGAUGAGCUUCACCGAGCCUUAUCGCCAGCUGACCCAGAAGGAGAUGAUGAGUUUUCGACCUACAAGGCUGUAGUACUUCUAACGACACAGGUCAGGAAUGGGGAACUCGGAGAGCCAGUACAGCCUUCAGGGGUCCAGGAGCAACAGCUUCGUCCUCCCUGGUAGACAGAAGCCCUAUUCACUGAAGUUUCGCUCUGCCAAAGAGGGAGUUUUGCCACCUCACAGUUGGUGGAGGGUGGGAUCAGGAGUUUCUGGUUUCAAAUCCAGAGCUAUGGGUCGUGGAUGUUUGUCCCAACCCAAGAACCAUCAAUCCUAUAUGUCCCGUCAUUACGACUAUGUCACUAAAGGUAGAGACGUGAAGAGAACUAGUCAGUGGAAUGGUUCUUCUGAACAUUUGAGAUCCAGGGGACAUGUGAUGCUUCCAACUGAGAAUGGCUGCCAUGAGGCUGUUGGGGAAAACGGAGACAGCACCUAUAGUAGAGGAGCUUGUAAUGGCCAUGCUGUUAACGGACACAAGACACCAGAGAGGAAAUCCAAGCUGGAGGAACUGGAGGAGCAGAGCAGCCCCAGGGUUGUCAUCAAGAGUGAUGGCAGCGUACGGGUAGAGUUCAACAACAUCCCCAAUAACUCCUUGCUUCCAGAUGAGUAUACAGGGCCUGUUCAGCUCCUAAAGUUCUCCCCCACAAUGGACUCCUUGCCCACUCCGUCUGCUGUGACCCACGGGUCUGAUCGUGAAGCUACGCCAGUGGCUGCUAGCUCCAUCACUAGAACAAGCAAGGGCAGCUCACUGAGCUCAGAAGGCUCCUGGUAUGACUCGCCUUGGGGCACUGGUGGGGAAUUGAAUGAAGACAGUGCCUCUCCCAACAGGGUUUCAGAAACUCUUUCACCAGUUCGCAUGGAUUUCUUUGAUCAGCAGCUACCUGGCAUUACAAUAUCUGAUCUUUACCGGGACCCUAGCAUGGCUGCCACCUUUCCUACUGCCAAGGAUCUGCCGUUUUCAAAUGACACAGCUUUCAAGCACAGAUCCUCCUUUGUGUCUGUGAUGAAAGAACCUGCUGAAGAGGAAUGCCCAGGGGCCAAGCAGUACUCCUCCUUCACGUUACCUUGCCGCAAGUCCAAGCCAAUCGCAGACAACACUGGAAAGAGAGAGUCCAUUAGGAGCCAAAUGAGGCGGCUCAGUGACUGGACCGGAAGCCUGACCAGAAAAAAGAAGAAAUCCAAGGAGCCAAGAUAUAAAGAGCCCGUCGAUUGUUUUGACAGUGGUGUUGAUGGCCUCACUGCUGAAACCAGCUCUCCCUCUCAGGUUUCCAGUCUACUGUGGUACCCAAAGGGUCAGUCUCGGGGCCGCUCACAGUCUCAGGCGCUGCCCUGCCGGAGCGAUUCCGCUGGUGCUCUCCACCUGGACACAGACGCUCUGAGGCAGAACAUCUAUGAGAACUUCAUGAGGGAGCUGGAGGCAGGCCACACGGUGGCAGGAAGUGGAGGAGAGGAGCGAGAGGAUAACUCUGUGGAGGAGACCGAGAGUAGUAGCCAGGAGACACUCGGCUCUCUUGAGCAGCUGGAUUUGUUGUUUGAGAAAGAGCAGGGUGUGGUCAGGCGAGCUGGAUGGUUGUCGUUCAAGCCUUUGCUCACCCUGCACAAGGACCGCAAGCUGGAACUAGUGGCCCGACGCAAGUGGAAGCAAUUCUGGGUAACUCUCAAAGGCUGUACACUCUUGUUUUAUGAGACCUAUGGAAAGAGUUCUCCAGAGCAAGAAAUGUUACCAAGCUACGCUUUGCUGGCUGAGGACGGCAUAGUUCAGGCUGUUCCCGAACAUCCAAAGAAGGAGAACGUGUUCUGCCUCAGCAAUGCCUAUGGCGAUGUCUACCUCUUUCAGGCCUCUAGUCAAACAGACUUGGAGAACUGGGUAACAGCUAUCCACUCGGCCAGUGCGUCUCUGUUCGCUAAGCGUCAUGGCAAAGAGGACACGCUGCGUUUGCUCCGUGGACAGAUCCGUGGUCUGUUGCAGAAGAUUGACAUGGAUGGUAAAAUGAAGAAGAUGGCUGAGCUCCAGCUGUCUAUUGUCAGUGACUCCAAAAACAGGAAGGCCAUUGAAAACCAGAUCCAGCAGUGGGAUCAGAAUCUGGAGAGGUUCAACAUAGACCUGUUCCGCAUGCGCUGUUACCUGGCCAGCCUGCAGGGUGGGGAGCUGCCCAACCCGAAAAGCCUCCUGGCCACAGCCAGCCGUCCAUCUAAGGCUGCUCUGGGUCGUCUGGGAAUGUUCUCCGUAUCUUCUUUCCAUGCACUGAUCUGCUCUAGAGAUGAAGCUACGCUGAGAAAGCGUUCCUUAUCUCUGUCCCAGCGGAGCCACCGAAGGAAAGGAGUCUUCUCCUCACUCAAAGGCCUGGACAGCCUCACCAAACGCAGCCACGAGAAAAGACCCUCGGCUUCACAGGAUUGCAUUGACAUUACCUACUGUUCUCAGACUGGUCUUUCUCAGAUCUUUGACUGUGAUGGAGAACAACUUGGCUAUCUUCCUCCUUCUAGCAGUGAGAGGCUGGAUGGUUUAGCUGAUGUCUACUCAAUAGCACCCCCUGAAGGCAGCCACUGGAACGGUGGUUCGGGCAGUCCAGCCUGCGUGUACAUGCCUGACUACCAGGCAGUUACAGUGGCUCUGAAAGGCCAGCACACAGUCAUGGAUGUUCUCACUAUGGCCUGCAAGAUAAGGAGCCUUGAUCCCAGUCUACACUGCCUGCGCCUGCGGAGAUGCGUGGAUGAUGGAAUGGAGGUUUGCACACCAGCAGGACGUGAGCUCCUACAAAACUUGUCAUAUGAUGAGCUGGAGGUCAGCCCUCUGAAUGUGUGCACUCUUCACAUGACCAGGCCCUCAUGCACAGGAGACUUUGGGUUUGCUGUCACAGGCCAUGUUGACAGCCUCCGAAACAGCCGCAUCUUUGUCAGCGAAGUUCUCCCUGAUGGGAUUGCCUUCAGUGAAGGUUUGAGGCCGGGUGAUGAGAUCGUGGUUCUGAACGGGUGUGAGGUGUCGUCUCUAGACCUUGAUCUUAUCCAGACGCUCUUCAGUGAGCAGACCCUGCAUCUGACCAUCAAGCGAGACCCUCCACCGCACAGGCACGACCAAGCCCCCAUUCACAAUCACAGCAGUCAUCAGCAGCUACUGAAGGACUACUUCUACCGCCACCACAGAGCCAAGUCUGCUACAGAUGUGUCAUGUGUGGCAGAAGGCUCAGGUAAAGCUGUAGAGAAUGGUCUACAGCAUCCUCACCACAGCCACAGAGCAGUGCAGCACAGCAAGAGUGUGGAGACAGUGUGCACGCUGUACCACUCCUUCCAGGAGAGUUCUGGAGGACUGAUGGAGGGCCAGAAGGACCCUGCAGGCCCGGAGCCCACCCUGCUUAGGCCCUGCCCACGGCACAUGUCUGCCACCGAGAGGCUGCGCAAGGUCAUCCAGGAAUUAGUGGACACAGAGAAAUCCUACGUCAAGGACCUCAGCUGCCUCUUUGAAAUCUACCUGAAGCCUCUGCAGAAGGAGACAUUCCUCACACUGGAUGAGAUGGAGAGCUUGUUUGGUAGUCUGCCGGAGAUGCUGGACUUCCAGAAGGUUUUCCUGCAAACGCUGGAGGAGAGAAUAGCCUCCUCUCCAGACUUCAGCACCCUGGAGACUCCUGUGCAAUUCAAGAAGCUGUUGUUUUCUUUGGGUGGAUCCUUCCUCUACUACGCUGAUCACUUCAAACUCUACAGCGGCUUCUGUGCCAACCACAUCAAGGUCCAGAAGGUUCUGGAGCGAGCUAAAACAGAUCGAGCCUUUAAGGAGUUCCUUGAUGCAAGAAAUCCAACCAAGCAGCACUCCUCUACGCUGGAGUCCUACCUGAUCAAGCCGGUGCAGAGAGUGCUGAAAUAUCCCCUGCUGCUCCGAGAACUGGUGUCUCUGACUGACACGGACAGUGAGGAGCACUAUCACCUCACAGAGGCCUUGAAAGCUAUGGAGAAAGUGGCCAGUCACAUAAAUGAGAUGCAGAAGAUCUAUGAGGAUUAUGGCACAGUAUUUGACCAGCUGGUAGCUGAACAAAGUGGUCCAGAAAAAGAGGUCACAGAAAUUUCCAUGGGAGAAUUCCUCAUGCAUUCCUCUGUGAUCUGGCUCAACCCGUUCCCAUCUCUGGGCCGCAUGAAGAAGGAGCCUGAGCUGACUGUAUUUGUGUUUAAGAAAGCGGUGAUACUGGUCUACAGGGAGAGCAACAAACAGAAAAAGAAAAUAAAUGUUCCACGUUCUGCACACUCUCAUGGAGAUCCAGACCCCUUUAAAUUCCGCUGGCUCAUCCCCCUGUCGGCGCUGCAGGUUAGGCUGGGCAACACAGCAGAAACCAACUGUGUCUGGGAGCUGAUCCACACCAAGUCAGAAAUAGAGGGCAGACCAGAGACAGUGUUCCAGCUGUGCAGCAGCAUGCCAGAGUGCAAAGUCAGCAUCGUCAAGGUGAUCCGCUCCGUCUUGAGGGAGAACGUGCGACGGGGCAUGCGUGGAACCGAGCGCCCAGCUGAUAGAACCUGCAAGGAGCGCUUAACUCCUAUGAGGAGAACUCUCCCUUCUUCUGCUAAGCUUGGUUCCUCUCGAGCUUCCUGGCUUUGCAAUAAGCCUAUAGAUGUUCUUUCCUAUGCCAAAAGUGACCAGCUGAAGCCCCCUCUCCUCGAUUCUGAUUCAGCCAGUGAGAGUAGCGGGACGCCCAGCAGCAGAGGCCCUCCUCUGGACCCGCCCACAGACCCCCAGCCUGCUGAGGCCAGGCAUCCAGCCAUUGGACCGAGCUGCAUUAAAGAAUCAGACAUCCUUGGUGAUGAGAGUAACGAAUACAGUGAGUGUUUAGGUCAACAUGACUCAGUUGAGGCUCAGCUCCGUGAGCUGCGCCUGACUGAGGUCCCACAAGCUCCACGUGUCCAGCCCGAAGGAGGAGAAGUGGACACUCCUGAGAGACAGCCUCAGCCGCAGAGACAUCACUUCCGUGCAGUGAAACGCAGGCCAGGCGGAGACGGUAGUAGCUUUAGGCGCAGCCAGGGGGCACUAGUGAGCAUGAGGCAGCACAGCCGCUCUCUGGACAGCCAGUCGGAAACAGCAGUGGUCAGUGUGGACCUCAAUGCCCUGCUGGAGCGAGAGUUCAGCGUACAGAGUCUGACCUCGGUGGUUAAUGAGGACUGUUUCUUUGACAACGCCACCGAGAAACCAGAGGGCAGCGCCAUGGCAACAACUUCAUAGCUAACCUGCACCUGACCUGCUGUCCGAUUCCAAAUGACUUCUGUCCCCUCAGAAAUCAAUCAGUCAUUUCAGGCCCAUGAGGAGUGAACUGUACCUGAAGAGGACUACGUCAAAUACCUACUGAAUGUCGAGCUGUGUGGGUUCACUUCAAAGUCUUCUGUGCUGCCUUUUUACAUAGCUGGCAACUGAGGAAAAGCCAACUUUAGUCAAAGUCAUUUGAUUAAAAGAAAAACUUGUGUAGUGCCACAUUCACAGUACAAAUGCACCGAUCUGAUACACUGGAUCAGUAUCGGCACCGGUACGAUUAAAUGGAGCGAGUAUCGUUACAGAUCCACGAUUGAAGCUGUUUCUUAACCAAAGUCGCUCGAAAAUAGAAGAGCGUCAUUCCAAAACACGGUACUCACUUUGUGUUACAAUGGAACUAAAGGCUCUGCAUAAGCUAAUAAUCAUGAGUGAUCAUGUUACAGGCAAACCUAUUGUUUCAUCUCCUUAAACGAAGUGUUUACAAACGUGAAAUGGGCCACAUGUUUCUCUACAGUGCUGCAGCAUUUCAAAAUAAAUGCCUCUCUUAACAAGGCGAGACAGCACAUCAGAAUAAAAGCUAUGUCCAAUUUUCUAAUUCUGCUGUGCUUCACACCAGCUUUGUCAGCAAAUAAUUAUUAAAACUUUCAGCUUAACGUCAGCUACAAAAAAGUCAGAUUUUUGGGUGGUUUAUAAAGAGUGAGAUAAUGUGAUAGCCCCAAAAUAAACUGGAAGAAUACUGUUGUAUGUGAAAUACUAGUUUUACAAAUCCCUAAUUACCAAAUUUUCUUCAAAUAGAUAUAUCAUGUUUUGGAAUGGAACUCUUCCAUUGUAACAGCACAUGAUAUGAGGUAUACAGAUUUUAAACUGAAGGAGAACAAGAAAUAAAAAUGGAUCUGUACACUGGAUGUUGAGUUAAGAAUCGGUAUCGGAAGAGUAGAAAGUUGUUGGUGCCUCCAUAAUUGACAGAUACUUUUACUAAAACUGAUUUUCCCCCUAAUCAACAUUAGUCUGUACCAGUCAGUUUUGCGCCAACAAGCUAAUGUGAUUUUCUCUUUGAUACAAGCUUGAUUUAAUAGCCUGAGUAAUGAUGCAAAGUAAAGUCAGUCAGCCCACACACACAUACACACACACACACAUAUAUGAAAGCACACACACAUUGCGACUGGUACUAUUGAAGCUGUGCUUUGCCUCCAGUCUUAACAGAAGUGGAGGCUUCAGAAACAGCUACAGGAAUAAUUCUUUUUUUUCAGACUCUGCCUUGCUGUAUUUUGUUUUGUGCACUACAUACACAUUUUGCCUACAUUUUAGCUUUUGC